UGACUGGUGACCCUGAGUCAGCUCUUCAGUCCAGCCUAUGGCUCUGCCCCGCGUCUUUCAGCGGCAGGACCUUUGAGUUUGGUGUUUCACGAAGACGUUCCCCCGAAGGUGUAACCUUGAUCCGGGAGAAUGAGCUCAUUCGGGUGCAGUGCAGCUCCUGAUGGACGGGACCCCAACAACCGCAUGUUCACUGUGGAGGGAUGUCCGAGCGGAGAGUCUCCGGCGACCCCCAGGAAAAGACUUCACUCCGCCGAGGACGCGCGGUGCAGCAGCCGGCCUCCGCCCGAGGGCGCCGGGUCGGUUUCCAUCUCCGAGUCGGAGGAGAAGGGAGGCUUUUGCCAGCAAUGUCAGCAGAAAGUCACAGAGCUGAAGAAGCAAGCCCUAGCCCUGGCAGACCAGAACUCACUGAAGGACCCUGGAUAUGCAACCUUCCUGUUUGAGCAGCUCCAAACACCUGGGAGCCAUGAAGCUGGUGUCAGCUGUUGCCAGGUGUGCUCCACACCUCUCCACCAACUGAGGCAGGAGGCCUUGCAGACGCUCCACGCUCCCAUCCUCGCCUUCAGCUCAGACAUGGCAGCCCUGCCCACUACAUCCUUUCUACCACAGCCUGCUAGAUUCACUGUGUCUUCCUCUAGCGUCCAUGCAAAACAGCUGUCCAAAGGCCAACCAGUUGCCCACUCUGUCCUGCCCUUGGGGGAGCGGCACAGGGUACCUGGCUGGUCGCAGAGCUCCUCUGUCUCUUCAGGGCCUAAGACAAGCGUCCAGGUGACAGUGGCAGGAGGGCAGCUCAGUGGAUCCCUGAGCUCUGUCACCAUUCAGGCACAGCAGUACCUCGAGGGCAUGUGGAGCAUCUCCAGGGUCAACAACUUCCUCCCUCAGCCUGACCCGGUCCAGGGUUUGAUGGGAGAAGCAGACAGGGAUGUCACAGCCUCGGAGGCCCCAGUCACCACCAUGACCACCAGCACCAGCAGCAGCAGCAGCGGCACCCUGACGCCCUGCCGACUGAGGAGCUCCAGCCAACCGGGACUCCCGGCACCCAUCACCAAUACAUCCACCUCCCCCUCUCCCUCCUCAUCUGCUGCAGCCUCCUUCUUCAUUAGGGCAGCUCAGAAGCUGAACCUGUCCUCCAAGAGGAAGAAGCACCAGCCCUCACUGCUCCACCCACAGGAGCCCUCAAUUUACCCCACCAACUUCAGUGGCAUCCUGCAGGUCUCGCCGCCCCCUGCCCCGCCAUGCCUGCUCCGAGCCGUGUCCAAAGUGAAAGAGAACCCAGGGAUGGGAAAGGUGAAAGUGAUGAUGCGUAUCUGUCCAUCUCUGGAGGCUGCAGACUCCUCAGAGUCUCAGUCCUUCUUGAAAGUGGACAGUAGGAAGAAGCAGCUGACCCUCUACGACCCUGCAUCCAGCCCACACUCCAGUUCAGGACACAGGAGAUCUGCCACCGUGGCCGUCCCAAAGAUAUUCGCCUUCGAUGCUGUUUUUACCCAGGAUGCCUCACAAGCGGAGGUGUGCUCAGGGACAGUAGCUGAGGUCAUCCAGUCUGUGGUGAACGGUGCAGACGGCUGCAUUUUCUGCUUCGGCCAAGUCAAGCUCGGCAAGACAUACACCAUGAUCGGCAAAGACAGCACCACUCAGAGCCUAGGCAUUGUGCCCUGUGCCAUUUCCUGGCUCUUCAAGCUCAUCAAUGAGCGCAAGGAGAAGACGAGCACGCGCUUCUCUGUCCGAGUGUCUGCGGUGGAAAUCUUUGGGAAGGACGAGGAGCUGAAGGACUUGCUGUCUGAGGUGUCGACAGGCAGCCUGCAGGAAGGCCAGUCCCCGGGCAUCCACCUGAGGGAGGACCCCAUCUGUGGCACUCAGCUCCAGAAUCAGAGUGAGCUGCGAGCCCCGACGGCUGAGAAAGCUGCCUUCUACCUGGAUGCGGCCAUCGCCGCACGCAGCACCAGCAGGCCCGCUGCAGAUGAGGAAGAGCGACGCAACUCCCACAUGCUGUUCACACUGCACAUUUACCAGUACCGCAUGGAGAAGAGCGGCAAGGGAGGAAUGUCAGGCGGACGGAGCAGGCUGCACCUCAUCGACCUGGGGAGCUGCGAAAAGGUCCUGAGUAAAAGCAGAGACGGAGGGGGAGGCUUAUGUCUUUCUCUAAACGCCCUGGGGAAUGUCAUCAUGGCUUUGGCAAAUGGAGCAAAACAUGUACCUUACAGGGACAGCAAACUGACAAUGUUGUUGAGGGAGUCCCUUGGCAACAUCAACUGCAGAACCACCAUGAUCGCCCACAUCUCCGAUUCCCCCGCCAACUACGCUGACUCACUCACCACUAUCCAGCUGGCAUCGCGCAUCCACCGCAUGAGGAAGAAGAAAUCAAAGUAUGCGUCCAGUUCAUCUGGAGGGGAAAGUUCCUGUGAGGAAGGGAGGAUCCGCCGGCCACCACACCUCAGGCCCUUCCACCCUCGGACGGUAGCCCUGGACCCAGACCUGCCCUCAAUGCUCAGUGACCCAGACUACUCCUCCAGUAGUGAACAGUCUUGUGAUACUGUCAUUUAUGUGGGCCCUGGGGGGACUGCAAUCUCAGACAGGGAGCUUAGUGACAAUGAAGGCCCACCUGCCUUUGUUCCAAUCAUCCCCUCCCUAAACAAGAAGAAGACUGCAAAAGAGGGCCCUCUGGACAGAGACCAGUUCUUUAAAUGCAACACAUUUGCUGAGCUGCAGGAGAGGCUGGAGUGUAUAGAUGGCAGUGAAGAACCCACUGCCUUUGUUGGAGAGGGCAAGCGAAGCCAGGCUAGCCCCAAGACCGACAAAUCUAAGGAGAUCCAAGGCUCUGUUUCACCAAAGACUGUAGCAAAUAUUUCUUACCCCCAAGAGGGCAUCUCACCCAAACAAUCUCCUAAAUCUGUUGCCACACAACCAUCCUGCAGUCCCAACACUAAAUCUAAACUGGACAGUGCCAAGAUGCAGUGCAUGCCUGCACCACUAUCAGACAGUGUUCUAAAUGUAUGCAGAACCAGUGCUGAUGGUGAGAAAGCCUUGGUUUCUGAAAACAGAGCGAGCAUUAACAAACCUAAUCCUGAACCUGUGGUGAGGGAGAAGGUCUACUUCAACAAGAAAGCUUUGCCGAAACCAGCUCCACCUCCUUCACAACAGAGAGACUCCAGCAAGGAAAGUACAGACAAUGAGGAAAGAUCCAGCACCAGAAUGCCUCCUGUAGGAAUGAGCCACCAAGCUGUGAAAAGGAGGGAUCCUUACACUUCCCCUUUGAUCAGAGCGCCCGUGGAGGUGUGCCAGGUGCGCUCUACCUUGAGGGAAAGAUGUCUGGAUCGGGAUAUCCUUAGAGCCACUGUCACCUUGCAGCAACCCGUGGAGCUGAAUGGAGAAGAUGAGCUGGUGUUCACUGUGGUGGAGGAGCUGUCUAUAGGCAGUAUUGUAGAUAAGGGCCGGCCAUCCAGCAUUAUCAGCUUUAACAGUGACUGCUCCCUUCAGGCCCUGGCCUCUGGUUCUCGACCUGUCAGCAUCAUCAGCAGCAUCAAUGAUGAAUUUGAUGCCUACACAUCAGCCGUGGGAGGAUCAGAGGUGAACAUUGCAGUGGUCACGCCUCUUCAGGAGGGACCAACGGAGUGUGUAGAUAGCAGAGGUUCAUCUAUCAGCUCUUGGCUGAGUGAGGUUAGUGUCUGCACCUUGGAGAGUGAUGGCGCUCAUUCUACAGACGUCUUCCUUCCACAGGCCAAACACAUGGGACCAGAGGCCACCUUUUACUUGGAUUCCCUGGAUAUGUUCCACUGCGUAUCCUCUCCUAGAGAUGCCAAGAACUCCUUAAAUGACAGUGGAUUCAGUUUUUCUGAACAAGAUAGUGAUAGUGCCACCUCAAGCAAACUAUCUUUAACCAAGUGCCCCCCAUCUCCAGAAUCAGCGAAAGGCUCCCUCAGAUUCACAUCUAAAAUAAGUAAAGCUCAUUCACUUAGCUCCUCCCAACUUCCACAGGGCCCCUCCAUAGUCCACUCCAGUCUUCCCAGGAAGAUUAAACCUACCUCAUCCAUCUCGCAUAGUAGCAGCAGUAGCAGCAGCAGCAGUAGAGAGCCACCAAGGCAAGAGGCUAAGCAGGAGGAUCCUUGGCAGCGUGGCGACAACCACUCAGAACCUCAGUUUUCUGACUCCAGCAGCACCAGCAAAUUUCUCAGAAACCCCCCUAGUGGCAUCCCUUCAAGCAAAACAUCCAACAACAGCAACAGUGUACCUCGCCCACCCAAGGUGCAGGGGUCUACCUCAACCCAGAGGGUGGUCGAUGGCUGUGAGAAGUCAGCCAGCAAGAAUCCACCAAGCAAAAUGCCUCAGCUGAGACGAGGUGCCACCACCCUGGGAACAGUGCCCGUCAUCCAUUCCUCCACAGACUACAAGGGAGCCCAAGAAAUGACUGCAUCUACCACCAGCCUUAAAUUCUCCUCUCUGGGGAAAAACAACAAGGCUAACUCACAGAAAGCGAGUAAUCUCCCAAAACCUGGUUGCACCUCACCUCCUCCACCUCCAGUGAGAAAGUCCAGUCUUGACCAUAAGACUAAGACCCUGCUGCCCCAAAGUGCCUUAAAGUCAGCAUAUGGGGAGGCAGGAAGGGCCUCUGGAGCAAGGGCAGCUGUAUCAGAGGAUGAGCUUGAGGUACGUCACAGAGUAGACUCUACCAGUUUCAAAUCCUCCAGCCUCAACACAGCCAAAGUUACCUCCAGCCUGAAGGCCAGAGGGCCUAGAGGAGAGGCCGGGCAGCAUUAUGGCAGUCAAAUGUCCCUGGAAAGGUGUGAAAGCUUGUCCUUAUCAGGUUCCAGAGCUGCGCUCAGUAGAGAGAAUAGUGGGGCAAGUCUGGGGAGCAGCAGUGGCAAAUCCAGCAAGUCCAUUCCGAGAUUUGGCAUUCCUAAUUCAUCCAGCUCUCCUAUAGCUACCUGUCCAUCUUCCCCAAGUGGAGGAACACUUAGCAAACCUGGUCAGGUAAAAGCUACUGUAAAUCCCAGAACAUUGGGGGCAGUCAAUAGCAGUAAGGCACGCUCACUGUCAGCCAACAACUCCAAGGGCCUAAGCUCCUCCACCAAAUCUUUGGCCACACCCGUGACAAGAAAUACCAAUGCCAACCUCCCUCCAUCGGGACGGACAUCAGCUCCUCGAACCACUGCGGCUGUCAGCAGUAAGCCUGGUAGAGGAACUAUUAUGGGCACAAAGCAAGCCAUGAGGGCUGCCAACAGCCGUGUGAGCGAACUGGCAACAGGCAACAUAUCAGGCAAACACAUGAGAGGAUCAGGAGAUUCAGACAGCGGGAAUGACAGCGGGGUGAACGUGAGUGAUGACAAAUCCCCCAUAGCCAUGCUGCCCUCUCCAUACAGCAAAAUUACAGCACCCAGGCGGCCUCAACGCUAUAGCAGCGGCCAUGGCAGUGACAACAGUAGUGUGUUGAGCGGGGAGCUGCCUCCAGCUAUGGGCCGCACAGCUCUGUUUUACCACAGUGGUGGCAGUAGCGGAUACGAAAGCAUGAUCCGUGACAGUGAAGCCACAGGCAGCGCUUCCUCUGCCCACGACUCCAUGAGCGAGAGCGGCAUGUCAUCUUCAGGCAGAGCGAGGAGCUCCAAGUAUCCCAAGAAGAGAGCAAAUGGCUUCCAGAGGAGAAGGCUUAUUCCAGCACCCCUGCCGGACACCUCUUCCCUGGGGAAGAAGGCGAGCACAGCAGGCCAGUGGGUGGACUUGCCUCCUAUGUCAGGACCAUUGAAGGAGCCUUUUGAGAUCAAGGUGUAUGAGAUCGAUGACGUGGAACGGCUCCAGAGGCGGCGUCAGGAGGAAACCACAGAGCAGCCAUUCCAGGAUGUUGACAAGGGCCUACAGUAUUUUAACAGUAAACUGAAGAUGCUGGAGAGAAGGCAACAGCAAGUGAGGGACCUGAGGGUGAAGCAUGAAGGGUUGUUGGAGGAGCUGGAAGACACCAAGGUGCGACUGAUGAUGGACCCCAGCAAGUGGACAGGAGAGUUUGAGGUGGACCAGAAUUUGGACAAAGAGUCUCCAGAGUACCUGGAGGCCUUGGCACAGGUCACGGAGGAGCUGGAGUUCUGUGUCAAUCUAUGCAAGUCCCGUGUCAUGAUGGUGACCUGCUUUGACAUCAGCAUGCCAACACCUGGUGCUCAGGAGGGACGGCGUGAAGUCGAAGUUUGAGGACAAGCGAAAGUCGAGGUGGAGAAACGAGGAAGUGAGAAAACAAAGGAUGAUGAAAUGUAGCCGCCAGUUCAUAGUUAUCACUGGAAUGAAGAACAAGUGACAGAGGUGAGAUUAGAGCGGAUCUUUGCAUGAGAACGGAAAUCUUAACCACCUAGCUACAGUGCCUCGUUGUCGUUUUAAUGGCAGAGAAAUGAAACGUGAGCACAAAUGCCGUUGCCUGUGUGGCAAUGCAGUGGCCAUCACUUAUUCAAGAGUCAAUGAACAACACCUGGAAGUGCCUUUUUUAUUGUUUUGUUUUGAGUCAUUAUUUUUCAUAUGGUGCAGGUAUCCUGAGCAUACCUAAGCAAACCCUGAACAUAUUGCUUUUAAGAAAAAUAUUUUAUAUUGCAUUGUAUAGUGUAUUUAUAUGAUUAUGUGGUGUGUACAAAUAUCCUUUAAAGGGAAAAAAAAGAGGAAAAAAGAAAAAGCAAUAAGCUAAUGUUAUUGCGCUCCCAGACUUUGCCUUUUCUCUUGUUUCAAACCUCAGUCAGCAUUUUAUCCAUGUUCAUUCAGCCUCUUGCGCCUUAUGUUAACUCUCUGGUUCUGUAGUUUUCUAGAUUUUCAAACUGGACUAUGUUAUCUCAUCAAAGACUGCGUUUGCUGUUGAGUGAAUGUUUUUCUCUCCAGUUGCCUUGAUCGAAAUGGGUCUCAGUGGAUGCACUAAGGCAGGGCAACAGUAACGUUCGGGGACGGAGGGCUUAUUCAAGCUGUGCGUGCCCGUGUUUAUCUCACUGCAGAUGAGAGACUUAGCCAAAACAUAUCAAUCAGAGGACCACUGUGAUGGAUAGUGAGUGAAUGUUCUUGAUUCAGCCAUUCUCUCCUGCGCCUCAGUACAGUAUGUGGCCACGAAACCCCGAGAGACUUAACCUUCCCUACUGAUAGCACUGAUAGCCAAUUUCUCUCCAAAUGGCCUUGGACUGGGUGCUGUCUAUACACUGUGAAACAAAGAGGCACAGUUGAGAUGGCACCAGUCUACUGGCCUCUUACACAAUACCUUAUCAAGCGCUACCCAGCCUCGGCUCUAUGCAUUCCAAUACAUUUACUGCAACUACUGUAAGAACCUCAACGCUAACUUAAGGGCAGAAACACAGCUUGACCUCUUUUGUCCCCGGCUCUUUUUUAAAAUCAGUAAAUUUAGCAAAGUUGGUUUGGUGUCUCUAAGAAAGACUCAAGAAUUGUUAGUUUCCUGUGAAAUGAUGCAGUGGAUAAAGGCAAAUGAUCGUGACAUUGUUUCGAAAAAUCAAUCAUGAUAUCAGCUCUUUGUAGCUGCCAGAAUGUGCUUGUUAUGAAUCAAACGGCUGACACAGAGAGAACAAAGAUGAUCGGUGAAAGUGAUUGUUAUGAAAAACAAACUGGCUUUGUUGUAUUUUGGUAUGUUUGAUUUCUAUAUCUAUGACAAAUAUGACUUUGUUUUCUUUCUUUUACAAAGAUGUACUCUCUCAGGCCCUCUCUGAAGAUGCUGCAUGAGAUUUUUUAAUCAUUUUUAAGAAUGAUUUCUACUCCAUUUUUACCAUUCUAAUUUUUUACAAUAACUUCAGUUUUCACUAAUGUGGGGUUAGGCUCAUAAAUUAAAUAACUAUUACCAAACCAAGACCUUUUUCCAAGAAAUUAUUAUAUGUAAGGUCAUAUUUCAAAUCAAAACCCAUAUUUUCGAAUAUCUUUGUUUUUGUAUAGGAUUUUCAAGCCCUGUGUAUAAAUGUAUGAUAUGGCAGCUUGUGUUUUACUUUUACAGUACCUGUGAAUAAAAUGUUUCUUCUUACUGAUGA